AGAGUGACGUUGGUUUGGACACGCCUUUGUUGCUUGGUCCCUUUAUCUUUCUCUAAAAUUUUCCAUCUCUCCCCCAUGAACAUAUGAAAAAACCAAACCCACCACAAGUUUGUUGGUGGUGCUUCACCAAUUGACUUGACAGACAUAAAAGAAGAGAAAGUCUUACAUACAGAUCUGACAAUCAGAAAACCAACAAAAGUUUCUUUGCUCCUUUGCUCUUUGUCUUCUUCCUCUUCUCAGCAUAAAUCCACAUCGUCUCUCUCUCUUUUACCACAAUCUCUUUUUCUCUUUUCCUUUUGGGCAAAAAUCAAGACAGAGAGAGAGAGAAUCUUGUUAUCUUGGUGGGUUCUUGUUUUUGGGUGUUACCUUAGUUUCUUUCUGUGUUUUUAGCUAUGGAAUCUUGUUCUGUUCUUGAAGUGGACAUCAACGGAGAAGAAUCUAUCUUUCUCAGUAAGCAAAUCAUAUGCAAGUAUUCUGGAACAUUGAGGAAACUGCUUGGGAAGUCGUCUCCUUGCUCCAGUGGUAAUCUCAAGGUGAUCUUUAAUGACUUCCCUGGUGGAGCUGAGAGUUUCGAGCUUUUGUCAAGAUUCUGCUACAACAACGGUGAAUGCACCGUGAUGCCUUCAAAUGUAGUCAUGUUGCAUUGUGCUGCUAAGUUCAUGGAAGUCACUAAAGUCUUGGUACAAACAGAGAAGUGUUUGGAAGAGAUUAGGUAUUGGGCUUGGCCAGAGGUGCUUGUUGGUUUGAAACAGUGUCAAGAACUUGAGACAUCCUCUGAGGCUGACUCUUUAGCCGUUAAGUUGAUGGAUGCGCUGGUGGAGAAACUGUGUUUAGCUAUUGAAGCGAGUCCCUCUAGUGCUGCAUGUUCCCCUUCACCAGAUAGCAGCUUGUUUAGGUUUUCUUGUGACAGUAAAAGCACAGAGAGUUUCAAGAACAGCUCUUCUCGGAUAACAUGGUGGUUCGAUGAGGUUCUUGUUCUAAGCCCUGCUUUGGUGGCAACAUUCUUGAAGGUGAUGGUGUUGAGGAAGUUUGAUAACGUUACCAUCACUAGGUUCUUGUUCUAUUACCAGAAGGUCAAAUUCUGUUCUGUGUCAUCAUCAAAUGAGAAAAGAGAGAUUCUUGAAACGACUAUUGACACUCUUUACGUGUUGGACCGAAGCUGCGUUCCUUACAAGAGUCUUUUCGGUGUUCUGAGGCUAGCUCUUGGGUUAAACAUAAGUAAAAGUGUUAUGAACAAACUUGAGCUUAUGAUUGGUCAGCAACUGGAACAAGCAACGCUUGACAAUCUCCUUGUUCCAUCUCCAAUGAAGUCGAGUCACUUGUACUAUGUGAAUCUUGUUCUUAGAUUCACAAAAGCUUUCCUAGACGGAGCAAAAAGAGGAUCACAGUUGAAGAAAGUGGCGAGGUUGAUUGAUCAGUACAUAGCUGAAGUAGCACCUGAUCCUUGUUUGAAACCUUCAAAGUUUCUGUCUUUACUCACACUCGUUCCUGAUUCAGCGAGAGAGUCUCAUGAAGAUAUCUACCGAGCCAUCGAUAUGUAUCUCGAGGCACAUGCAGGAUUAACCAGUAGUGAAAGACUUAACUUGAUAAGAACUAUAAGUUAUGAGAAGCUUUCAACGGAGUCAAGAGCACAUGUUUCACGUAACGCAAAGUUUCAGGGGGUUGAAACAUUAGAUCAAGAACAGAAGCAGCUCAUACUACGAGUGGAGAAGGUUGAGACUUCAGGAGACAAUGAGAAGCUGAAAGAGCAUAUAGAAGGAAUACAGUGGAGGGUAAUGGAGUUGGAGAGGGCGUGUUUGAAAAUGCAGACUCAGAUGGAAGUUAUCAAGAAGAGAACCAAGAGCAGUAGCAGAGGAAACAACAGAUCACUUCCUAAGCUCUGUUCUUGA